CCUUCACUCCAUCCAUUCCUAAUACAUUCGCUUCUAGUCCUCACUGCUGCCGAGAAAUUGACCACGACCUUCCUCCCUUUCGACGGGCAGGUCCCUUCUCUCCUCCCAGCACGCGCGACGCCUGUGUGACCGACUACUGCCGCCCCAGGCUCUCUCAGAAGGUGGAAUAGCAAGCCGGUUUGCUUGGCGGCUUCGACGCUCUUUAAUCAGCCUUCGAUUCGACUCCCGCCGGACGGACCAUUCAUACUGUUGAGCAACAUAUCGGCCUCGCUGCUUGGGCAACCUGUUUCUUUAUUCUGGCGCAAAGAGGAGGAAUAUUACCAGAAAGAUGUUUCUGCAGACAGCACUUGCUGCCGCGCUCCUGGCGGCUGGGGCGCAAGCAAGCCUUGGUUCGCUGAUAGUAGAGGGGAUGUCACGCAACAGCCCGUCGUACGAGCGUCGAAUGGAGGAGAUAGCGAAGGCGAAUUUGAGAGCACGGGCUAUCGUCGCCCCCAGGCAAUCCGUCGAUCUCGGGACGAGCAGCAAUGUCGUCUUCAACCCAGAUGGCAGCAUCAACAUGACGGCGUGGGACGAACAGGCGACGGCGGCAUGCAAUACCGCACUCUCUGCCCUCCAAUUGGCGUCAAAUCCCUCCGGAACCAGCGUAUGCUACAAUCUUCCCCUCCUCAACAACGUGACGGGGACAUUCCAGGCCGACCUGCGACUCUUCCGGUUGACCGCACCGACGGGGGCAUUCGCGGGCAUCGCCCCGCAGAACAUUCAAGUGGGCUUGACCUAUCGGGGGGCGUCGGUAUCCGCAGUAGACGCCACGACGGCCGCCAAAAAUGGGGUUGUUGCUGCAGUAGGCCGGAGGCAGGCAGCCGUCGCCGCCGCCGGUGACAGCGCAGCGACUACCCCGAAUACUCCGAGUCUCCAACACCUCCAGACCUAUUUGUUUAUUGGACAGAUCGACCAGGAUCAGAUGAAGAAGCCAUUGACAAUGGGCCAGCUCGAAGCACUCGUCAUGCCCAUCGUGACGCUCAGCGGCGUCAAUGCCAACGGCGAGACAGUGCGGACCAACGUCUCCUCCAACGAGGCUGCAUUCGUGACCGGCGUCUUCUCGCAGAGCAUCAUUAUGAGCGACUUUAACCUCGCGAACCUCGCCGUGAUGCGAGAGGUCGAGAGCUUGAAGAACGGAACCACGGCCUUCGUGCUCCCCGGCGUCCGGGUCCUCGUCCUCCCCGUCGGGCUGUUCAUCACGUCGCUAUGGCUGGCUGUCGCCCUCGCGGCCUAUGGAAUGGGCACCUACGACCGGAUCAACUACCGUGAGCAAUUCAGGCGGAGGGCGGCUCGUGCGACUAAGGGGACCGCGGGACGGAUAUGAGUGACGGUCUCUGGGUUCCCUGAGCUGAGCUAUGCAUGACUGGUGUAUUCUCGCGUGCAUCUGUUCUAUUAUUUUCUUGUUAGCCUUUCUUCUCCUCGUCGCUUCGGCGACGGCGUCCUGGCACAUCUCCACUGGCUGCAGCGGCUGCUC